UUUAAUUAGGACGAACUUUUUGGAAGCAGAAAAAAAAAAACAGUGUGUGUGUAGCAGUCGUUGGAAAUCCAGCUGUUUUGACCGAUAUUUGUCUCAGUUGAGCGGUCACUUUACCCCCCCAGCAGCCCGGACGGUGCAGGCAGUUUUCAGCACCAUGGAGAGCGGCGUGGUGCACAUCUAUAAAGAUGACAGAUGUCCCACGGGGCAGCCUGAGGAGUGCGUCCCAAACUUCACCUGGCAACCCGGCUUAUCGGACAUCUUCAACUACACACCCAACGGCACCUGGGAUGCUGAGCCCGAGCCCAUGUCGCCCAUCAUCCCAAUUAUAGUCGCGGUGUACUCCGUGGUGUUUGUGGUGGGCUUGGUAGGCAAUUGUUUGGUGAUGUAUGUCAUCAUUAGAUACACCAAAAUGAAAACAGCCACCAACAUCUACAUUUUCAACCUGGCUGUGGCUGAUGCUCUGGUCACCACCACCAUGCCCUUCCAGAGCACCGACUAUCUGCUCAGCUCCUGGCCGUUUGGUGAAGUGGCGUGCAAAGUCUUCAUCUCCAUUGAUUACUACAACAUGUUCACCAGCAUCUUCACUUUGACCAUGAUGAGCGUUGAUCGCUACGUGGCUGUGUGCCACCCCGUCAAGGCCCUGGAUUUCCGCACACCCGUCAAGGCCAAGAUCAUUAAUGUGAUUAUCUGGGUGUUGUCGUCUGCUGCCGGGAUACCAGCAAUGAUACUUGGCAGCACCAAAACCAAUAACGGGACUACAGAAUGUGCCCUACAGUUCCCUGAACCCUACUCCUACUGGGAUACCCUGAUGAAGAUCUGUGUCUUCAUCUUUGCCUUUGUGGCGCCCGUCAUCAUCAUCACUGUCUGCUACACACUGAUGGUCAUGCGGCUGAAGAGUGUGCGUCUGCUGUCGGGCUCACGCGAGAAGGACCGCAACCUGCGUCGGAUCACGCGCUUGGUGCUGGUGGUGGUCGCCGUCUUCGUGGUGUGCUGGACGCCGAUCCACAUCUUCAUCCUGGUCAAGGCUCUGUCGGCCAAUGUGCCCGAGACCACUCCCGUCAUGGCCGCCUACUUCUUCUGUGUGGCGCUAGGCUACACCAACAGCAGCCUCAACCCUAUCCUCUACGCCUUUCUUGAUGAGAACUUCAAGAGGUGCUUCAGAGACUUUUGUUGUCCUGGUGCACAGGGACACGGGGACUGCCAGGGUGUGAGUCGGGUGAGGAGCACCCUACGGGAUCACUCGUGUCCCACAGAAGCCAGGGGAGGUAUGAGGCAAGCCAGGCCCGUAUGACUAGCCAUGGACGUGUCCUCCAUGCCCUAUCAGGGCUGGGAGGACUCCAAUGACCUGGGCUUGACUCAAAUCACCACUGCCAUCUGAGGGCGGCAAGUGAGAGUAGUUGUUAUUUCUUCAAAAGCAUAGUCACUUAAAGAAUAAGACUGGUGAUAUUCUACAUUUGUCUUAUUGUCCGCAAAUCCCAUCAAAAGACUAAAACCAACGCUGAAUGAUCCUACGAAAACAAGUAUUAGUAUGUACUACUUAGUAAGAAGUAGCUUAUUCCUCCAUUGUGGUACAAAAACUAUUAACAACACAUCAAUGAGCCACACAGUUGUACAGGAUGACGUGUUCCUUUAUUACAAUGAACAGAGCCCCAGUAGUUUAUUUUGACCCAAUGCCACUGUUUCUCUGCCACGAAAUAUUCACUAGAGCACCAAAUGCGUACCAAUCCGCCACUGAAAAUAGUCCACAACAAAUGCACUUUUUGCACCUGUUUGAGUAACAUUUGCUAAAAACUAAAAUGCCCAGCCGUUUUAGGAAAUUCCUGAGACUUUUUAAA